UACCUACGUAACCUGGUUUAAAUUUGGAAAUGAAUCGCUAAAUUUGACUUUUUCGGGCAUCGUCACCGAAUAGGAGCAUCGAAUUUCGUUUACAAGAUCAACGUAUUUACUUUAUUAUUGAUAGAAAUAAUGUUUCCACUCAAUUGAUUAAUAUGUCUAACCAGUGGAACCACGUGACUGUGAUGCUGUCAGAAGACGCUUCCCAUAUACGACUUUACAAUAGGCGUCGUCUACAGAUGGAUAAGAUACUCAGUUUGACGUCACAUUUUUAUAUAUCAGAUCAGGCUAACGUGGAGUUAGAACUAACAUCAGGAAAUGAUGUAAUCCUUUCCGGUCUGCAGUUUACAGAUAGACUAAUUCAAGAUGACGAAAAAUCUUCAAUUCAAAGGUGUAACAGUUCGCUAAGUUUGGUGAUUUUCAAUAUGAGGAACUUGUCAGAACGCAUAACGAACAACCCUUCCGUUCGCAAAAUCAUCCCAAGUUCAUGUUUUGAUAAGGAUGAAUGUGAUCCAAAUCCUUGUAAUGGUCAUCCCUGCUCAAAUGAAGCUGGAGGUUAUUUUUGCAACUGCCUUUCUGGAUUUAAAGGAAAUAUGUGCCAAACUCCACCAAACUUUUGUUCCUCCGGUCCAUGUUUUAACAAUGGAACUUGUGAAAAUUCGAACACCUCAUUCAAUUGUUUAUGUAACAAGCAUUAUACCGGAAUAAGAUGUGAAAAUGCAAUGAUUGACGGUGGAUGGAACAACUGGGGGUUCUGGUCAACUUGCUCAAAAUCAUGCGAGUCUGGGACGAGAAAACGAAAGAGAUCAUGUAAUAAUCCUCUGCCAUCUCAGGAUGGAAAACUGUGUGAUAGAUCGGAGGCUGAAGAACUUCAGGAUUGCAAUACAGAUAAAUGUCCCGGUAUGAUCAUGAUGAAUUUAGAAAUAUAUAUAGCUUAA